CUGACAGACGCGGAGCCGCACUUCAACACCGUCUCCUACCUCAAUGGAAAAAAGCUCCUCGUCUGUGUUUGCGAGAGUGUGACCGAUCCGAUGUGCCAAUGGCACAAUCAUCCUGAGAUUCAUCAAACAAGAGGAGUGGAUGAGUGUUUCCACGCCGGAGAAGACUUUUCUGCUCCGCGCGGGGAUCUGAGCGAGUCUGACAGCUGGAACCUCUCUGCUCAAGUGCUGACAUUUACCAAUCCGAGAGCUGCAUGCCUGAAACCUUAGUAAACAGCAAUGGAGCCCUGGCCUGCAGUGGCCUGGGUCCUACUGCUGACCAUCAUCAUGGAUCUUCUGAAAAGCUCCCACACCAGAGACUUUACGGAACAAGAUAUCAUAUUUCUUCACCAUGCGAGUCCUCCUUUUCCUGGUGGAUUCAAGUGCUUCACCUGUGAAGAUUCACAAGAUAACUUUGAGUGCAAUCGUUGGGCACCAGACAUGUACUGCCCACCUGAAGCCACAUAUUGCUACACCCGUCACACAAUAGAUGGGGAAGGAAGUAGUGUGUCAGUGACCAAACGCUGUGUGGUUCUGGAGGACUGUCUUUCCACAGGAUGCACUGAAAGGGAUCAUGAAGGAAAACAGGUGUGCACAGCCUGCUGUGAAGGAAACAUCUGUAACUUACCGGUGCCAUGGAACGAAACCGAAAGCAUCUUUAGCCCCACUUCUCUCAGCAGCACUGUGGGACUUUCACAAAGCCCCUCCCUGACUUUUUCAAUCAUCAGCACUUUUUAUUUUUCUCAAGUGGUAUUUGAAAUCUGACAAUGGUCUUCAAAAAGGAUCCUGACUGCUGUUUAGAUUGUGCUGCGACAUAAUGCAGUGUAUUAUCAUUAUUAUACUUUAUUCUUUUAUCCUAUAACAAUGAACAGUUAUCACAGCAUGAGGUUGUAAUUUUUAAAAAGCACUAUCACUGAUUUGUAUGAUAUCACUCUUUUCAGUCUAAAUUUUACAGAAAAUAAAUUAAAUUAACAUGGUUUGCCAAAAACUACAUCGGUUUUGAAGGCAUACAGAACUUGGCAGCUGCAAUACUUUCACACACUAAAUAACUGUUUUGCUCUGAUUUAGUUUUUCCCAUUAUACAUGAGGUAGUAACAGUUGUGUCCAUCAUCACACAAACAUAUACACCUAAUCAACUCUAUGUACAUAUGAGCAUACUGUUUUGUCGUUAUCUUCCUAUAAGCCCUUUUUAGACAUGAACUCCCGAGAAUUAGGUUGAGAAUUUCUCCAGAGUUUGCCUUUCACACAGGAGCAAGCAGCAGGAGAUUUUCCACUCGGACAUGUUCACAACAACAUAGAAAUCUCUGUUGCGUUCAGGUGAGGGGUGAUGCAGCAUGGAGGGGGGAUAUAACGCAUUCAUUCUGUUGCGGAGAUUACAUGUUUUUGUUUACAGCACAUCAACAGCUGCUUCGACCCUUAUAACCAAAAGCUCUCUCGACAUCUUCCACGCAUAUAUGGCCCAACUUGUUCAACAUGUCCACGUGCUUGCGGUGAAUCCUGCAGAGGAUCUCCUGCUGUUUUCUCACAUGGGCUCAUUCGGACAUUCUCUCGACUUUUUACAAGGAGGCUUGCUGGAGAAACUCCGGAGAAAAUCUGGAGCCUCUCACUCCAACAGUUGCGUUCUCCAGAGAAUUUCAAGAGAUUAUUGAAAGUUUAGGGCAUGUCUAAAAGCAGUAAUACCGUCACUUCAUAGACAUGGCAGGCCCAAUAGACAGGCCCAAAGUUUAAUUGGCUGGAGUUAGGCAGUAUACAGUUAAAUGUACUGAUGUGGCUGAUCAGGCAGCUGUCUUUUUUAAUAUUUAGGAUUUCAUGUUGCAUGUGUGAUUCCGUAAUCCAUGUAGUAUGUCAUUGAAUACCUGUACAUAUAUAAUAUUUAUUUUUCUAUAUCAGCUGCUGUUGUGAUAAAUGUGUGAAACGUAGCUGUAGGUGACAGAGUUUGAUGUGAAGCCUUGUGAUUUGUGACUCGAGUUACCACAAGGUCAGAUCAAGAUUCAAAACAUUAGUAUCAUGAUUAAAUAAUGAAUAAUCACACUUAUUUUUCAUCUCUUGAUAAAUUCUUGAGAGGUGCUUAGGCAGAAACUUGAAUGUCUGAACAAAAAACAAACAUAGAAAACAGGUACAAUAUUGAAGUACAUUGUGCAGUCAAGGCACAGACUCACAUUUUAUUGUUUAAAGGCAUGUAUAUGCACAUCUAUCUCCACCUUUGUUUACCAUAACUAACAAGCUAUAAUGUACACAGAUAUCAUAUUUAAAUAACCAUAUUUCAGUGCACAUAGACCCCUAAGGCUCUUUACACACAAUAAGCUCCACAAAUCUGGAGGCAGCACUGCUUUGGUCAUUGUGCAUCACUCUGGACCUGUAGGCUUAAGUUUCAGGGGUCAGUGAUAUUUAAAGGGGAUAUCAAUGAUAUCAAGCUGAUAUUAUGUAAAAGGCCUAAAAUUGCCCUGAGUCUUGGUCGGUGCUGACAUAAAACUCUGCCUCUUUCUUGGGACCUGUGUCCUUCACUUUGCAGUAAGCAUGACUAAGACUGUCAGAGGGCCUUUGUGUCUGGUGUAAAAAGAAUAUAUGCUGUUCCAGUGGCCUUAUCCUUUUUUAAAUUAAAAUUAAAUAACCACUGAUCACAGGAGUCACAUGCUGCUUCAUAUCAGCUCGACAAAACUCUUACCAUACUAACUUUACUCUAAUCACCUUUAAGAAAUGUCUAAACACUGACGUAAAAGUUAGACGUUUGUGCUGCCAAUCCUACUGCAGCUGAGCCAGUCAGACUCCCAUAUAAAUGGAUGUGAACAUUGAUGCCCUUAGAGAGAAAAGAGUGUGUAUCUGUCAAUAAAUAAUCAGGUCUUGGUGAAUAUUGAUUUUUGAUUACCCACCUUUGUCAUUGGAGUCAAUUUAACACCUCACUCUUGGUUUACUGAAUAUGAAUGGUUUCAUGUCUAUGAAGAAUACAGAUCAGGCAGAUCAGAGGAGGUGUCCUGUUUGUGUUGAAGCCCUGCUCUUCCCUCAAGGUCCACCAUCACCUGCAUCUCAUAUCUCUUAAGUCUGCUGCCUUCAUCUUUACAACAUCAGGGGCAGCUAUGGGCUGUUGGUUUCCACUGUGAUUCAGUCUAUCACUGUGGACAUUGUUGACCUCUGUGUUAAACAAAUUAUUUAACUUCUUAGUAUUUUAACAUUGACUACCUUAAAGCCAGAUUAUGUGAGAGCCGGAAGAGGAUAUACGUCAGUCUUCCCUUAAUGACAAGCAGAAGCCACACUUUUCCAUUACAUGUUUGAAGUGAGGCAUCUUCUUUUUGUUGGUGUGAUUAACACAUUUUUGUUUGCACUGCUUCCCCACUACAAUAUUAAAUUUAAUGACAUUUUAUUUGCAUUGUGCCAAACCACUAUAUACAUUAUCUCAAAGCAAACAGUAAGAUUGAGACCUGACAGAAUUAUAGAGAAACCCAACAGUUCCCACAAUGAGCAAACACAUGGUGACCCUUGACGCUGUCGCCCCUCUGAAAAAGAAGGUAGUAAAUCAGAGGAGGUCAGCUCCAUGGUAUAAUUCUCAAACAGAGGCCUUAAAACGGAAAUCACAGAAGUUGGAAAGAAGUGGCGUUUCACCAAUCAAGAUGAUUUUCAUCUAGCCUGGAAAGACAGUCUAAUAACGUAACUGGUAAAUGCUCUGUAUUUAUAUAGAGCUUUUCUAGUCUUGAUGACCACUCUAAGAGCUUUAGAGUACAGUUUAAGCGCUUUACCUUACAGUUACGUACAAGAAAGCACUCCAAAAUGCCAGAACCUCCUAUUAUUCAUCAUUAAUAGAAGAAAAUAAAAACAACCCCAAGUUCUUCUUACGCACUGUGGCCAGGAUGACAAAGAGUCAUAGCUCUACUGAUCCAUCUAUUCCUUUAACUCUUAGCAGUAAUGAUUUCAUGAGCUUCUUCACUAAUAAAAUUGUAACAUCAGGAAAAAAAUUCACCACCUCCUUCCCACAAAUAACACAGAUGCACUGUAUAGUAACUUUUCUUCAAUAGAUCUUUCAUUUCACUAAUGUCUUCCUCUUAACCAUCAACAUGUCUACUAGACCCUAUCCCAAUUAUACUUUUUAAGAAAGUUUUUCCUCUAAUUGACAGUUCCAUAUUAAAUCAGAUAAAAAUGUCUUUAUUAACUGGUUACGUAACACAGACUUUUAAGGUAGCAGUAAUUAAACCUCCGCUUAAAAAGCACGCUCUUGAUCCAGAUAUUUUAGCUAAUUAUAGACCCUAAACAAAUCUUCCCUUUAUUUCAAUAAUUCUUCAAAAAGCCGUUGCUCAGCACAUAUGAGAUUACUUGUACAAGAAAUGUCUGUAUGAAGACUUUCAGUCAGGAUUUGGAUCCAUAACAGCACAGAAACACCCCUUUUAAAAGUUACCAAUGACUUAUCAGAUAGAUUCCAAUUUGUUGACAAAGUCUUUGUGUUAUUGUAUAUGCUUCCUUUGGGCAGCAUUAUCAGAAAACACCACAUACUGUACACUUCCAUUGUUACGCAGAUGACAACCAACUUUACAUAUCUAUGAAGCCUGAUGUAUCUUAUCACUUAGUUAAAAUUCUGUAUCCUUUUAACGAUAGUUAUGGCUUAGAACUUGUCCUUUCUAAAUUUAGACAAACCGCUUUCUUCUACCUGCACAUUAUCAUGAAAAUUAGCAACAUCUGGUCUCAAAAGGAUGUUAAGAAACUAGUCCAUGCUUUUGUUCCUCUUUUUGUUGAGAUGGUGUCUGCCUCCCGCACCCAGAGUGGGAGCUGGUUCUACAGGAGAGGAGCCUGGUAGCUGAAGGCUCUACCUCCCAUACUACUCUAACAGACUCUACAGGAACCUCAUGAGAGCCUGUAUUAAUGAGACAUGUCAACAGGAAGUAGUUGUAACAAAGCCGAUGUGGCCAGUGAGCAGAGCUGCCAUUUUGCUGUGUACAUCUUUAACUCAUAAAACUGCAGCCAACCCAUUAUUGUCUUUUGCUGUAACCCCACUUCUCUGUGUUUGGAUCACCUCUGAUAUGUAUCUCAUUCAUCACUAGUGUAGUGUCCCAGUGACAAGAUACUGUGUGUGCAUGUAGAGUUAUUGUGCUGGAGGUUUAAGAGCCUCUUAGUGUCUCUCUUUUGUCAAAACAGAAUUCCACAGGGAUAAUGCUCAGAUUCUCUUCUAAAAACCUCAUCUUUGUUCUGUCAACAUUUAAAUAUUUUUCUGUGAGCAUAGUUUAAGAGCUUUUCUUUUAUCUUGUUGUAUCAGAGCAUGUUGUUCAGGUUUCUUGCUUUAACUUAAAGCUUAAAUCAGUUUCAUAAGGCAUGUGUGGCAAACCUUUGUACAAAAGUAUGCGAUAUUGAAUGUGCAUGAGUGAAUCUCAAACAGUUGCAUGCCAGUUCUGUGCCAAUUUUUUUAUAUUUGUUUUUAAAAUGCUCACUUGUUUGUAAAUAUAUGAAUGUAGUGGAGUAAAACCUAACCUUUAAUGUUAAAGAUGAUUUUUUUUAUGUGAACUUUGACUAAAAUCAUGAAAAAGUCAUUAGCAGUU